CGGAACUGUGUGGUAGUCAAUGAAGAUAAGCUGAUUGAAAUGGCGUCACUCACUGUACGUGGCUGCGCUCUCUGCACCGUGUCCCUGCUAAACGUUGCGUUUGUUUUCAUAUCCGGUGCAGACUUCGUCCGGUUUCUGUCGUUUCGGGCCAUUUACCAUAACAUAACCGGGGAGACGACACUGUGUGAAGACUCCGUACCAUGGUCCGUAGCCUUACGGGACAGCUCCGUCCUCAGCUCUCUUGCUGUGGAUCUGGGGCUGCUGGCCCUCUUCACCACGCAGCACAGUCUCCUCGCCUGGUCGCCUGUCAAAGAGGCCCUCCAGACAGUGCUGGGCCCCCUGAAUAGGACGGCGUACUGCUUCACUACAGCAUUAGCCCUCCAGGUCUUGAUGCGCUGCUGGCAGCCGGUGACUGGCGCCCCCUGCCUGUGGUCGGUGCGUCAUGUGCCCUGGAGUAUCUGGUUCCCUCUGCUCUGCUUCACGCUGCACUUCCUCUGCUGGGCCAUCAUCUUCAGCAUCUUCAUGAUCUUCGAUUACCCAGAACUGCUGGGCAUAAAGCAGGUGUAUUACGAGUGUCUGGGUUUAGGAGACCCCUUGUCUCACAAGUCUCCCCACGCCCAGCGGCUCCUGUCUCACCUCCGCCACCCAGUGUGUCUGGAGCUGGGCGUCGUGCUGUGGCUCCUGCCGGCCUUAACCCUGGACAGGCUCCUGCUGGCGGGGACUCUGUCGACCUACCUGGCCCUGGCGCACUCUCUGGACAAACAGGAUUUAGCGUACCUCUGUGUGCAGCUUAACAGCAAGGUGCAGCUCCUGGCCGAGCCACACCGAGGCAGCGGAGACACCGCGGCUGACAACCAUAAGGAGAAGUGACGUCCACGUCUCUGUUCUCUGGGAAUUUCUGCCUCAAUAUUCACAAGAAAUACUGUUUUUAAAAGCUGAACUUCUGUGAACUUGAGCUCUGAUGUUUUCUGUUUCUUUUUGAAUGUGGUUAGAAAAGGGAAAUUUAUUUUAUUUACCUGCGAAUGAUGCUUUUAAAAUGGUUUCAAACUGGGAGUAAAUAUAUGUUUAAGACUCAUUUUAUACACUAAGUUUUACAGCAACACUCUCCAGGUGUUCCUUUUUUAUGCAUCAACAAUGAACCCUUUCUUAUAUCUACUGUAAUAAUAUUAUAUACUGUUACAUUCCAUGUGCCAAGUACAUAUACACUGUAUUCCUCCAAUUUCAGAUUUAAUUGUCUUUGAGCUGAGAUUUUACACUGACAAAAACUUUGAAUGUAUUUCCUCAGUUAUUUUCCCUCUUCUGUGAACAUCAGUAGUGACGUCGGACUUGAACAUGCAAACAAACUGGGUGGGUUUUUUCCCGACUGCCUUAUGUUCGUAGACCUUGGUCGUUCUCGUAGUAGCUCACUGGCAUGGCAGCCAAUAUUUUUUUCAAGAUACAUAUUCCGUUUUCAACUUAAAGUACUGUAAUAUUUCAUUUCAGGUCAGCAUUGUGGUCUAAGUGUAAAUACGACUCAACGUUAAGUAUUUUUUUUUUUUUUUGUUAUUUCAUGUGUUGUUUUACUUUAAAACUAAAAUGUCACAGGAGAAUAUUCAUAUUUGAAAAGGUGGUGUUUAUAUGAGAUGUUGAACUCAUUAAAAUAUAAUGAGUAAAUAAAUGCAUAAACGCA